GGAUCAUCAAGUAUCACAAUGUCAUUCUGUUGUUGAGUGAACUGUCAAAUGAACAAUUUCUACCGUAGAUUUUCUUAUGUCAUCUAUGAUUUGUUUCAAUUGAAGAAUAAAAAAUAGGAUCGAAACAGUUUGUGAUAAUUAUAAUGCAAUUAGCAAUUACCGUGAUAAAAUUUGUUCGUUGCAGGACCAAUAAAUGCAUUGUUAUUCAGCAACAUAAACGAUUUGUUGUUUAACUCAAAUGAUGGUAAUUCAAAAUCAAUAUAGAUAUAAGUCUAUAAGAAAAUUAGAAGGAAUAAUUACCAAGGAUGUCUGAUACAGGCAAUAGUAAUUCUGAUCAUUACAGGACUGGUUUGAAUGAUAAUGCAGAUAUUCCUGCUGAAAUAAACCUUGAAAAUAAUAUCGUUCCUGGAGGAGCAAUUGUCAACAAUAUAAACAGAACUCGGAAUAAUAAUAAUCAGAAUCCGUUAUUUAAUGUUCGUGAUAGGCUUUUCCAUGCCUUAUUCUUCAGAGCUGCUUUGGCUUAUGCUCAAAUGCUGCCAAAGCCAGUUCGAAGAUUUAUUGAAUUUUUUAUACUAUUAAAAGCGCUGACGGCGUUUUUUAUUUUGGUUUACAUUCAUGUUGCAUUCUCAAGACAUCCUGCAACAUGUUUAGAAUCUGUACGGGCUGACUGGCCAAGAGAUGGUAUUUUACGGGUUGAAAUAAUUCGUGGAGAUAUGAGUAGUCAAAAAGCUUAUAAUGAACAAAAGGAGACUGAACUGGCUAUUAAUGGUGUUAAUUCCAUCCAGGAAUCUUCAACAAAAGUUGAUCGGGAGCAAAAUUCACAUAGUGCAUUUAUAUCUCACUCAGAUAAUGCUUCUAAGAUUAGACAAGCACCAUAUUUUUACAAUAUCAUAGUUGCAAGAUCAACUAUAAAUCCAGAUUUACCUACUAGUGAGUUAACAGAGGAUGGAGCUAAUGAAGGAAUUAUGCAAACUUUAUUAGCAAAUGAAACUAUGGGUCAUUUUGGGAAACAUGACGAAGUUAUUGACAAUUCGCCAUUAACAAAUGAAAAUCCUUCAUUGCACAUUGUGACAAAAAAUGACUGGCCAGAGGAUCAAUACAUAGUAGAGUAUUCUUUGGAAUAUGGAUUUUUGAGAUUGAGCACAGCCGCCCGACAACGUCUAGGAGUGCCAGUUAAACGCGUAUUACUUGAUCCUGUCAAUGACCAAUGUUUUGGUGACGCUUUCAGUAGGAUAUUGCUGGAAGAAUUUCUUGGUUAUGAUGAUUUGCUGAUGGCCAGUGUUAAGGCACUUGCCGAACAUGAAGAUAAUAAAGGAUAUUUAAGAAAUGUAGUCACUGGAGAGCACUAUAGAUUUGUAAGCAUGUGGAUGGGAAGAUCAGCAUAUCUAGCAGCAUUUUUUAUAAUGCUUGUCUUUACCGUAUCUAUAUCAAUGUUAUUGCGAUAUUCUCAUCACCAGAUAUUUGUAUUUAUUGUUGACCUUCUACAAAUGUUGGAGUUCAAUGUGUCCGUAACAUUUCCGGCUGCUCCAUUGCUUACAGUUAUUUUAGCUCUUGUUGGAAUGGAGGCAGUUAUGUCUGAAUUCUUUAAUGACACUACAACGGCAUUUUACAUAAUCCUCAUUGUUUGGGUAGCCGACCAGUAUGAUGCUAUAUGCUGUCAUACAUCUGUAACUAAACGACAUUGGCUUAGGUAA